AUGCCCCUUGCAGGGACUCCUGCUCCUGUUAAAAGGAAAAAGUCCACUAAACUCAUUGGGAAGCUGACACACGAAGUCAUGCCACAAGAGGUGUCCAAGCUGAACCUGGGGAAGAAGAUCAGCAUCCCCAGAGAUGUGAUGCUAGAAGAGCUUUCUCUCCUCACUAACAAAGGAUCCAAGAUGUUCAAAUUACGUCAGCUGAGGGUGGAGAAGUUCAUUUAUGAGAAUAACCCUGAUGCCUUCAUCGACAAUUCUGUGGAUCAUUUCCAGAAGUUCAUCCCACCAGGAGGGCAUUACGGGGAAGAUGCUCAUGGCUAUGCCCAUGGGCGGAUGGUAGGAGGAGUGACAGCUGGGCAGCAUGGCUCCAGUAAGCAGCAGUAUCCCACUGUGCCUGGAAGCAAAGGAGGCCCUAGGGACAGCGAAGGGGAGCAUGCGACUGGAAGUGGUGGAGAAGGAGGGGAUGGUACUGAGAAAGAUGGAAAGUCAGGAGGCAAGAAAAUCACUGUAUUUAAAACUUACAUCUCCCCCUGGGAACGAGCAAUGGGUAUCAGCCCUGAGGACAAAAGUCAGUUCACCAUUGACUUGCUGUCAUACAGUCCCAAAGCUGAUUUCCCCCAUUACAAGUCUUUUAACCGGACUGCCAUGCCUUACGGGGGUUAUGAGAAAGCAGCCAAACGGAUGACCUUCAAAGUGCCUCAGUUUGAUAUUUGCCCUUUGCUUCCAGAAUCUCUCAUGAUAUAUAAUCAAAAUUUCAGCAACAGACCCUCUUUCAACAGAACCCCAAUACCUUGGAUGCCUUCAGGAGACUCCUCCGAGUACCAUACUGAGGUCAAUGUGCCAAGGAGUGGUGAAACAGAAGAGCUGUAA